AUGUCUCCCUUCCAAGCGCUCAUGGGUUACCAACCUCGGCAUACUAUUCCCACUGUGGGAACAACUGAUGCACCAGACAUUGCUUCUAGACUCACCCAGCUAGCACAUCUUCGCACAGAGAUCCAAUCCAGUAUUCAACUAGCAGAAGAAACAGUCAAGAAGCAGAACAAGGACAAGUUUGUUAAAUACACACCUGGACAGAAGGUAUGGCUGGAAGCAACCAACCUCAAAGGCCUUCACCCAAAAGCCAAACUUGGACCAAAGUGUUAUGGACCCUUCACCAUCAAUCAGAAACUGUCAUCAGUGGUUUAUCGGCUGAAGCUACCACCCAAAUGGAAGAUUCAUCCUGUGUUCCAUGCAGGACUACUAUAUCCUUACUCAGAAACAACAAUGCAUGGGAAGAACUACCUCCGACCUCCACCAGAACUAAUUAAGAACCAGGAGGAGUUUGAAAUUGAAUGUAUCAUUGAUUCGAAGACAGUUGGCAAGCAAACACUGUAUUGA